CAGGGCACCGAACCUUUCCGGAGGUUCCGUCGUCUCGCUUCCCGGCAAGGAAGGGUGACAGUCCCCGCCGUGCGCGGUGGGGCAGGGGGGUGAGGCGGGAGGGGCGCGUGCCCGAGCGCCCAGGCCUUUUGCAGACGCGGGCCACCGCGGGCCCUCCGAGAUUCCCGGCCGCGGCCUGGCAGGGAAGCUCCGGGCCGGAGAGGCCGCGGCGGCAGCGGCCGCGGCGGCAGCGCGAACUCGCUACCGGUGGCCGGGCCGCGCGCUCCCCGCGUUUGAAGUCUCCGGCGCGGCCGCUGGUUGGCCGGCGCGGGUCACGUGCGCGCGGGGCAAGGAGUUUCCCCGACAGCUGGAGGCUGCGUGGGAUCCGGCGGCGGCGGCGGCGGCGGCAGCGGCGGCGGCGGCGGCGGCUGCAGCUCGCGGCGCGCGGCGCGGCCUUCCCCGUCCCCUCGCCCCCGCGCUUCCGCCGGCCCCCGGCUCACCCCGGGCGCUGACAGACCGGCCGCGGCUCCGCGCGCUGUCGGCCGCGAGCAUGGGCGACAAGAAGAGCCCGACCAGGCCGAAGCGGCAGCCGAAGCCCGCCUCGGAUGAGGGCUACUGGGACUGCAGCGUCUGCACCUUCCGGAACAGCGCCGAGGCCUUCAAGUGCAUGAUGUGCGAUGUGCGGAAGGGCACCUCCACCCGAUCCACAUUCUGUGAAGCUAUUGUGAAUGCCUCGAGGACCGAGGGACCCCUUUCUCUUUACUGUGCAUACAGGAAACCUCGACCCGUCUCCCAGCUGGUCGCACAGCAGGUUACUCAGCAGUUUGUGCCCCCUACCCAGUCAAAGAAAGACAAGAAAGACAAAGUAGAAAAAGAAAAAAGUGAAAAGGAAGCAACGAGCAAAAAGAACUGUCAUAAAAAAACCAGACCAAGAUUAAAAAAUGUGGAUCGGAGUAGUGCCCAGCAUUUGGAAGUCACUGUUGGAGAUCUGACAGUCAUUAUUACAGACUUUAAGGAGAAAGCUAAGUCAGCGCCGGCAUCCAGUGCCGCUGCUGGGGAUCAGCACAGCCAGAGCAGCUGCAGCUCUGACAACACUGAGCGGGGUGUGUCCAGGUCCUCCUCACCUCGAGGAGAAGCCUCAUCCCUGAACGGAGAGUCUCACUAGCCGUUCUUGCUCCUCUUAGUCACGCCUGUCCUCCCAUGGAAAUACAGAUUAUGCCAAGAACUACCACAUUUUCAUGACAGACACAUUCAUGCAUAACCAUAAUUUGAGUUUUACAUGAAAUAUGAAUUUUUCCGGGACUUAUUAGAUUUUAUCGCAGUGUAAGCUACCAAACAUUUCCAGAUGUAACGUUUUGGUCUCUGCCGUUAAAUGCCAUGAAAAUGUGGUUGACUUAUUCAUUAUGCAGUGUUACUGGCAAGUCUGUUUUCACUUAUAGUUUAGUGGAUUCUAACACAUAAUGAUUGAAUUCUCUACUAUUGGCAUGUAAUGAGUUUAAAUUUUUUAUUACAUAGUGCAAGCUGCCUAAAUAUGUAUUAUUUGAGAAUUGUGAGACAAAUAGUUAUAUGUAUGCAAGUCAGAGGUCAGUUAAUCAACCGUUGCUGCAACAGGGUUUUCUCAAUGGUUGUCCUCUUAAUGCACCUGCUGGUACUUGGUGUGGUUAAAUAGGAAAGUUGUUAUGAAAUAAAGAAUUUGUAUGAACCUUUGCCAAUGUUUUCGACAUGUUCUUACUAAAUUAUUAUUUCUGAGUUAUGUUUUAUCCAUUUUUGCAGUUUUUGUUAGUUUGCUUAUUUUUCAAAGCAUCAAUUUAUUGUAAUGUUUACUAGCAGAAUUGUAAACAAUAAAACAUGGAUUGUUUAGCUUUCUAAUUCAGGUUUAGUGCUAUUGUCAUUGAACACUGGUUUUCCCUGUAUUCUCCAAGACAUUAAAGUUAAAGAAGUAUAAGCAUCUGGCAGAAACCGAAAAGGACUUGCCAUACUUGGAAAAGCUUUAACUUAAUGAUAGUUUAUCACUGUUUUCCUGGUUCCAACCCUAGCCACAGUCAUAGACACGUGGAUCUAUUAAUUAAUCUAAUUAAUAUAAACAUGGUAACUAUCACACAUAGUUGGGAAGGUAAUCUCAAAUCAGUUUAAUUGGCCUUUUGCUAAAUAUAACAACUCGUAUGAAAACCAUAGUACCCUAGUUCCGAUACAGCCUUCAAUUUAUGCCUUUAUCAGUAUCUUGAAAUAAAAAGUAUCUACAGCCCCACUCACUUAUGUACAAUUUCCAAUAAAAUAUUUUUUAUGACUCCAGAUUUUGCAUUUUGUUUACAACUAAAUGAAUGUUGUAUUUGAAAAUUCAUCUUAGAAACCACAUGCUGCAUCUUAACUUCUAUUAAAUUCUUUUGUUUUCUCUAGCCAUUUGCUUAAUAUAUAUCUACCUAUAGGGGGCUUCUGAAAUGUAAAUCAACCUGAAGACAAGACCUAACUUGAAUAUAACCUAUCACAUAAAACAUGCCAUGAUAACGUUUGAAGGAACAAUAAAACUGUGGACCCUGAAAGUUGUGAUAUUUGGUUUCUCAUGGUAAUGUAACUCUGUUCAAUUGCAGUACUUUUUAUUGACACAGUGGUACUCUUGUAACAUGCGAGUUGUGAAUACAGUGUAUUGCAUACAGUAAAAGUCUGUGAUGAAAACAUA